AUGGAGGAGUCGACGAUCCAUUAUCUCCAAGAAGCACUUGGCGUGGCAGAGCCGGAGGACGACCAUGUGGAGAGUAACAAUCAGCAUGACUUGAGUUGCCAAGCUGCCACCACCACACAGCACAGUGAUGUGCGGGAAGCUGAGCCACAGAUGCGUGAUGUUUAUGUUCAAACAGUUCCGCACGUACAGAAGUCAAAGGCUGUACAGACAUGCAUCAAGAAUCCAUCUGUUGGGGUCCAGGCAAGCCCAUUAUCUUUUUGUGACAGCUUUGUUCAAACUGAAGACAGGCUGGCAUACAGUGAAGAGGUACCAUCAGAGUUGAGGCCGUUCUGCUCUACGCCGAGACAUGAUGUUGAUGCACCAGGUCUCAAUCUAUACAGGACUGACUACCUCAGUGAUGAGCUGUCCAGCUGUGAUGACUCUGACUCGGAUAUCAUUGACUACACAAAUGACUCGUCAUACGUCUGUGAUGAGCUGAACUAUGAUGACAGUGACCCCGAGCAUGGCAGUCCCAGCAGAAGUCUGUCAUUGAAGAGGCCAGACACCAGCCACACUCACUAGCAGGUGAUGGCAGAUGUGACACGCCUGGCCACUCCGCAGACUUUGGCACUUACACGUUGUUGGACACUGAGCUGAACAAAAUAAUGCACACUGAGCUU